AUGCCAAAACCAAACAUGAAUCAAACGAGCAUCCACUUUGAUCUGUCAGAAAUUGGACUCCGAGAGAACUACAAACUCAAUCUCUUGACUCGACUUGGCGGCAAGGUCAAGUUUUACCUCAAAGUGGCGACAUUUUGCGACAAGAUCAAGGCACACUAUGAAUUGGCUCAAUAUUUCCAAGACUACGAUCUGAAAGAAUUACACAAAUCUCUGGUAGACAUACUGAAUGCCGCUUUUCAAGAACUCCCAGACUUAUUUGAUCCUACCGCCCACUUCCAAGAACGACACCAAAAACUGCUUGAUACUGGAAUGCGAGCAAGCGGCUUUGACACCUUUGUCUUUGUCUUUGAAUCGAUAUUGUGGGAUACUACAGUCGACGAAGCACUCAUCACGGACGCUGUCAACUUGCUGAAACCCUUGCGAAAAGUCUUCAGCAGCACUGUACAUAAAAUAGAAGACUCGUCGUCAUCCCACGAUUCCAAGCACAAUGGACUUUCCGUAUGGGACUUGGUCGAACAGCGAAAGCAGGAAAAGAUUGCAUCUCGGCGUGCCAAGCUACAACGAUCCAAGAGCAAACAGCUACAAAAGAAGCUCUCAUCUACCAGGGCCAAGUCUUUGAUGGAAGAAUCAUCAAGGAGUGUCAGCACGGAGGAAAUGACUAUCUUGUCCGCUGACGAGUUGUGCGAAGCGAAUGAAACAGAUUGGGAGAGUGCUGCAUAUCAAAGUUGGAACAACAUGAUGCUGUGA